GCUGGUUGUGCUGUACCUGCAUGCAUGGUUUGCCAAGGUGACGGAUGCUCGUGGAGUUCGAUACCUGCACAUACAUUUCAACUAUCGGCUUGGAUGCUCGCGUGCACGUACCUCCGACAGAAAAACAAACUCCUCGGCCAACUCGGCUUUGUCUAGAUCUCAGGAUAUACGAAUCUUGGCAGUCUGUUUCUCCUUACUCCAUGGUCAAGGGUGGCAAUAGCGUGAAGUACAACAAGAACAGGGAGGACGGACACGGCGCACUCGUUAUCGUUAGAAAAAGGAAACAGCAAGUUCUUCGGCGAUGUUAAUCUCAUUCUUCGUCUGCCAACUUGGUCUACGAGAACAUGAUUGGCGACUCCCCUCUUUUUCUUCAGUACGUCCCAUCGAUCAUUUA